UUUUUUUCUCUCUUUUUCAGGGCUCUUACGGCAUCGUCAAGUUAGCCUACAAUGAAGAGGACGAUACCCAUUAUGCUAUGAAGAUCCUGUCGAAGAAGAAGUUGAUGAAGAAGCAUGGCUGUUUUGGCCGAGCUUGGACCAUAGGCGGCGAGACAGAGGGAUCGCCGCACGCCCGUUCCCUCAGCCCGUGCCACCGCCUCGCCAGCUACUCGCCGCCCACUCUCAGAGUGAAGGGGCGGCUGCCGCCCCCGCGCGCGUCGGGAGGCCGGCCGAUCGAGAACCCGCUGGACAGAGUGCACCGCGAGAUCGCCAUCCUCAAGAAGCUCAUCCACCCCAACGUCGUCAAGCUGGUCGAAGUCCUGGACGACCCGGACGAGGAUAACUUUUACAUGGCAUUUGAGCUCCUGGAGAAGGGCGAGGUGAUGGAGGUGCCGACGGACACGCCCCUCACGGAAGACCAAGCCUGGGGCUACUUCAGGGACGUCGUUCUCGGCAUAGAAUACUUACACUACCAGAAGAUAAUCCACCGCGACAUUAAGCCAUCGAACCUGCUGCUCGGCGACAACGGCCACAUCCAGAUCGCGGACUUCGGGGUUUGCAACGAGUUCGAUGGCCAGGACGCCUUCCUCACCAACACGGCGGGAACACCUGCCUUCAUGGCCCCCGAAGCGCUCUCCACGUCGCGGCAUAAAUAUUCCGGGAAGGCCGCAGACAUCUGGGCAAUGGGCGUGACUUUAUAUGCCUUCGUUUACGGGAAACUUCCAUUCCACGAUGAAAAUAUUGUCGUGUUGUACGAUAAGAUCCGGAACGCGCCACUCGUGUUCCCACCCGCGCCGUUCGUAUCCGAUGAUCUCAAGGAUUUGAUUAGCCUAAUGUUAGAAAAGGAUCCUGCUAAGAGAAUAACGCUGCCGGAUAUUAAGCAACAUCCCUGGGUGACAGCAGGUAAUCAGUACCCGCUGCCCACCGAAGAGGAGAACUGUGUACUACUGAUCGAGGUAACGGACGAGGAGGUCCAAUCGUGCGUGCGGUCGAUCCCCAAGCUGGAAACGCUAAUCCUCAUCAAGUGUAUGCUCAAGAAACACAGCUUCCACAACCCGUUCAAGAUGAACGUGCUCAUCAAGGAGCAGUUUGCGCGUGCUGGACGGUCGCACUCGGCGCCUGGAAGAGGUCGCUUGAUAUCACACUCCCAGCAGUAGAUGAACUGGAGGUCUGCGGGGAGGACAGAUGAUGUGACGGCCCAUCACUUGGUGCAGUGCAGAAGGAAAUCAUCAUCAUGAUGUGCUUGUUACAGUUUUUAAAAUGAUAUAAAUGUAAAGAACAUGAUAAAUUUCAAAACUCUCUCAAAAAACUUACCUCGUUGUUGUUGGUUUCUCAUUAACUUCUUAAGAUCAUUUAUUGAAUACAUAUAACAGGAUGCAACACUGUAUCCUUUAAUGCAAUAAAAUGUGUAUCUGCUGUUUUAAGUGAGAGAAAGCUGUGCCAACACAAUAAAGCGUAGCUGCUCUAGUAAUGCAUAAAUAGAGAAGAGAUUUUGCAAGGGGACAAAGCAGUUAAAAGUGAGCAAUGAAGAUAAUGCAUGCAGUGGUGCUAGAAAAGGCAGGCAAGGCAAUUGUUGGUUAUGUUUUGAAGAGAUGUUUUGGCUAAGAUGUCUUACACUGCCAGAAAACUGAAAUAGUGUAGACUGAGCACUUAGAAAGUUUCAUGUUAUUUUUGGAUCAGUAUGUAAGAGUUUUGAAGUGUUUUUGUCUUGGCUAAAAUCUGCUACAAUUUAUAUUUAUUACCCCACCAACAGGAGAAAAAUGGUUGAUUAAUUUUCUUGCAUUAGAUUUCAGGAUGUAGCUAAACAGUGAUAUUCUUACUUUAUGUUCUAAUAAAGUAAAUCAAGUAAAUAUUCCAGCAAGAAAAAUAGAAAACAUUAGUUUUCAUUGGCUUGAUGGAAAAUCAUGCAUAUGUGCACAGUAAAUUUAAUAGUUUUAUAUGAAGGUAACUAAUAACUACUGUCAUCUGUGAUGUUUGGUAGCCUCUCCCAGUCUUUUUGACAAUCUUAUGAUCUGAUAGAAUUUGUUGCAGAUCACUUUUAUUUUUAAUUUAUGUGAUUACACAAUUCAUGCUAAUAAAAAAAAAAAUCCAUUUGCUAUAAGUUGUUUAUACAUAGGGGCUUUUAUGUAAAAUUUAGGCCCGGUUGUACAAGGAGGUAGAAGUACUACAUUCAUUUUUAUUUUUAUGGGGGUUUGUAUACAUAAGCAACAUCUUUUUUAAAAUAUAGAUCAGAGCUUUUUGACUGUUGUUUAAUGCAUUGGGACUUGGUUUGAAUUCUGGUUCAUGCUAGGUCACAACUCAAUGUCUUUGGGCUGUUCUGCUGCCAUCCGGGUUAAUAACAGUUUCUGAAAGGCCUAUUCCAUAAGGUGUACUGGGAUUUAAAAAUAAGAGCAUCCAUGUAUGGGAGGAAAUGACACAAGAAUUAGUUAUCGGUUCGUCCAGACUAAUCUGUCAUGUGAGGCUGGGCUGUGAGUGUUAAACAUCGUUGAAGCAUCUGAAAAGUGCUGUUCACUGACAAGACAUUUAUUUCUAGAAUGUUAUUAAUGCAUAAUUUCUUAUUACUUGAACCACUGCAUUUUUGAUGUUGUGCUAGAUUUAAAUACAGUAAUAUAACUCAGUGAUAUAUAAGUACACUGUUUUGCUUAAUAUUAAUACAAUGCCAUAGAGACUGGCUGUGCAAAGUCUCCGUUAAUUAUUCUGUGAUUUUCUGACUAGCAUAUUUAGGUCAAUAUUUCAGUGUUCCAUAAACUGUAGACUACUCUGGGACAAGUUCCCAUUGAUGGCACAUCAUGGCAGUAAUCAUAAUGAUGUCCUAUUGGUAUUUGGUAAAAUUAUACAUAAUGUUAAAGUCUUUUGCAUGAGCUGUUACCUUUUAAAGAUGUUUAAGACUUGAAGUAUCCUAACUAACUAUUCAUAUUAAACAAAAUAUUUGCCUCACUGAUAUGCCAGUGUGAGGAGGCAGAGAGUGGACUGCAGGUUUGGCUCAGUGUUUGUCUCGUGGUACAAGAUACAGUUCCCAGCAUGCAAAGUUAACAAGCCUCCCUGUGAACUGAUUUCACUUCUAUGCAAAAAAUGAACAUUUUAAAGGAAUUUAGCAUCAAGUGUCUGUGUACUAUUUUGUUUUCCUUGUUAUAUACAGUUUAAUUAUAUUUUUAUUUCAAAUUCAAAUUUCAGAUUACCUUCUGUUCACAGUGUAACCUAUUAAAUUGAAUCAUCUGAUGAAUUAAAAAAAAAGACUUCAAAUGUCUUUGGAAAGGCAAUAAAUUUGGUCGUAGAAAGUGAGUUGAACAGUUGACUGUUCUACAUGUUGUGUCCUCUGUGUUACAGUGUAGUUCAUAUAUGCAACUUGUCAAUUUAUAAAUCACAUGUCUAUUAUUAAUGCAUUUAUAACUGAUACACAUGUUAGAAAUCUUUUUUCAUACAUAAUGAAUCAGUUUUAUUUAUUUGGAUUCCAAUGUAGAAAUAGGGUUAGUGAAUGGCUUUAAUAAAAUUAAAAUAUGAUAAUUGGUUUGUAUACAAUGUUAUUUUCUGUCUUGUAAUUGCUAUCUUCAGUGGUUGACACACGCCAGAUGCUUAAAAGUAUGUCAUGAGUUAAUCCUCCCAACCCAAAGAAAUUUAACAUAAUGAUUCUAGAACUUCUUCCAGAGCUGCAGGUGUCUACCACUGACUGUUAAUUAAUUCUGGUCAAGUGGAUAUCCUUCCUUGAAUCAGAUUGUGUUUCCUCAAUGGUAUAGUUUGUUUCAGAGAGAUAAAGGUAUCAGUAUUUUCAGUAGUUACUUUUAUAGUUUUAUGCUCAAUAAGAAAGAAAAAAAAAAUCACAAUUUUAUUUUUUUUUUCAAACAGUGUUAAGAUAUUUCAUUUUACUUUGGUAAAUGAUUAAACUUAAGCACAAAUGAUUGAUUAAUAAAGACUGGGCUCCAUUACACCCACAGAAAUUACUUUCUCCCAGGCUGUCUUGUGUUGCCAAACAUCCUGUACCUUUGGCAAGGAAACCUUUUUUGAAAAAAAGCUCAUUGUGAAUGAUUAAUCUCCAAGGAGGAUUUCCACACAGCAAUACUUGUGACAGGGAAUAAAAAGGCAGAAAACACUGUUAUAUACCUAAAGCUGGUGGUUCAGUUCAGGUGAUUUGCUGUACCUAUAUAAUGAGCCUACUUAUAUAGUACAGAGUUACUUUUGUCAACUUUCCAUUCAUGAGUUACAAUGUGUUAUUCUAUGCAAAAUGUGAAUGAUUUCUGAAGUAGUAAUGGCUGAGUAUGUUGCAUACAUUAUUACAGGCUCUUUUUUUAAGACUCUCUUCCUUUCUUCUACAACUGUAAAGUAUGUACAUACCAAUUAGCUGAAUACGAUGUAGGAAUAACAUGUUUAUCUGGAUGAUAAACUAGAAUUAAUUGAUGAAAACAAAAUAUUUUUAAUAUCCAACCAAAUUGAUGUUCAUGAUGCCAACUCCUGUUUUCAAGAUAAAAUUGUUUCAGUGCUUGACAAUGUUAAUAUUUUGCAUCAUUAAAAUUAGCAUUUAAUGAACAAAUUUUGCAAUACAUAACAGGGUCUCUAUUAAUAUACAGAUAACAAACUUAAUGAAUACAGUUUAUUACAAUCACUUGAAACAAACUCUUACAUUGAGUUUAAAAUAUAUAUAAAAUUCCAAAAUCUAUAAAUAGUAGAGUUGCUGACAAUGACCAAAGCUUCAAGUUAAUUUGAAAGAUUAUGGACUGAGAAUAGCAGAAAAAACACGAUGAGAAGAUGGGACUUUUGUGAUUUCAUGAAAAAAUUAAAAAGUUUUAAUAAAUCAAUACGGAAAAAUAAAUGUUCUGGGACAUUUAUCCAUAGAUUUUGGUUUCAGAAUUUUACAUUUUGAAAUGUCCAUUAUGACAAUUUCAGAAUUUCUCCAAGUUACUGCAGGGAAGCUGUUUGGAUACAGCUAAAUUCAUACAUCACUUAGCUUUUGGUAGUUAAAAAGAGGAAAAAAAUUGACAUAAAUGUUUGGUAUGCACAGAAUGGAUGUGUAAGCUGGCAGGACAGAAUGAAAGGUGUUAAAAUGCUGGAAGUUAGAAAAUAGAACUCUGUACUUACCAAGAUACUGGGCUUUACAAGAAAAUCCCACUUCUUGUUCAUUGCAUGGAAUGUCCUACUGCACAUUUGUCAUAUGAAUAUUAUACAGAAUUUUAUGCAUUGAUGCAAAUUUCCAGUUUCAAUGUGUCCUGUACAUAAUAAAAAAAAACUUUUUCUGUGUAACAUUUCAUAUCUGUUGGAAUUUCUAUUUUUAGACUGCAUCACUUUCUAUUAUCUAAGUGUUACCCAGUGACGUCCAGAUUAUUAUUUGUAUCAGGACGCCCUGAGGAUCUUUGCUAUUCUAUUAUUGUAUCUUGAAGGUACGAGAAAGUUCAUGUUUGUGACUUAUAACUUAUUAUGUACACUUCAAAUAAAUCAACAUUUGAAGAAU